AUGCCCGGGCUCAAACUGUUCCGACUGCAAUGCUCUCUUCCAAGCCUCGACUUACAAAAAAUCAUGAGCGCUCUUGAUUGCAUGCCUUCUCUUCGCGUUCUUUCUCUUUGGGGGGUGAAUCCCCGGUAUCCAGGCACCAAUGAAGGGAAUAGCAUACUGAUGACCGAGAUGGACCGAACCGCGCCGAUUACAUCUCUCAGAUUGAUGUGUGAUAAUCUACGAGCUCAAGAUUUGGAACAAUUUAUCCGAUGGCCGAAAACUCUUACUAGAUUCCGUUUGGUUGGAGGGAUACAAAGCGAACCCGUUGCCGACCUUCCCACCCUGGGCAAUUGGCUGUCCAUUCACAAGACAACUCUACGGUCAAUUAGGAUUGGAUCCCUCGCUCUCACCACCAGGGGGCAGCUUUUAGAUUUAACUGCCUUCAUGAGCCUAGAAACCUUCAGUAUCCAGCCGCAGGUUAUUCGCCUGCCAGGAGGCGAAUUCCCAUACCACGAUGUGCAUUUGUUGCUUGGCCCGAAACUCCAUACAUUCACGCUGGAGCAUCCGUUGUGUGCAUAUCAGAUUGACUUUGGCGACGUUGAGGAGCAGUGGAUUCGCCAUCUUGCGAAAACGGCAACACGUCUAAAGUCAGCCCUACGUUGGAUUAACAUCAUUUGGCAUGUCGAUGAUGAUAACUUUGGUUGUCUCCAGGACAGAAUUGAUCGACUGAACCGGCAGACACAAGUCGAGGUUGGUAUGGAACAUCUUGGCGUUGCGGAAUAUACCGGUAUGGAUUGA